AUGAUGCCCGUCUCACCCUGGUUCUACACCAACCUCCCCGGCUUCGACAAGAACUGGCUGUGGCGCGGCGAGGCAUUGUGGUACGAACGCUGGGUACAAGCGCUGCACGUCCAACCCGAAUGGAUCCAAAUCAGCUCCUGGAACGACUACGGAGAGUCGCAUUAUAUUGCACACAUCCGUGGUGAUGCCUCGCUCAUCGCACUUGACGCUAAGUACGGCCAGGCUCCAUUCAACUAUGUCAGGGGUAUCGAGCAUGGUGCUUGGCGGGCAUUCCUUCCGUACCUGAUCGAAUUCUACAGGUCUGGCACAGCCAGCGUCUCCCAGGAGGGCCUCACUGUCUGGUAUCGACUACAACCCCGACCCGCUGGGUGCAACGACGGCGGCACAACGUCUUUCACCGCCACCCGUAUGCAGCCAGAGGGUCCGUGGUAUACCAACUUGACUGACGGAGUCUUCUUUGCCGCCCUACUCGGCUCCACAGCGACGAUCGAGUGA